AGCUACGGUGUAUGUGCGAUCGUUUGGUUUUUCCUCAUGGAUUAUUUUUCUCAACACUGAACUAAGCACAAAUUUUCUCAACAAAAAAAUUUACCAGCAUCUAGAGUCGGCAUUACCUUUGACCUAGAGAGAGCCUGUUUAACCCUUGACCUCGAGACAUCCCGAAGAUGACCAUCGAGUACACGGACAAGUCGACCAACGGGAGAAAUCCCUCCUGAUGACGUCACUCUCGUGACCCGCUAGUCGCUGCUGAGGUCAGAUUGACCGUACAUUCCUGGCAUUCAACGAAUGGUUGACAGGCCGUUUGCUGGACAGGACAUUUGCUGGACAGCACUAACAACUGAUCCAACACAACGAUAUACAUUUGUCCUGAGCUGACUCAGCAACUGUGUUGAUCCCAGCAUUCUCGAAACUCUCGUGAGGUCACCAUGCUCAGACCGGAAGUCAGGGAAUUAUUCGUGAAAAGUGUUUUCGUUUACCUCUGCGUGAGCUUGGCUACGGUGCUGACCAUCCCAGUGACCCAGCCAGGGAUAACAGAUUCUGACAGUCUGAACUACCUGGUACAGUUCGGAUACCUGGAGCCACAAGACCCCAAGACUGGUGCCCUCAGAACUCACGACUCGUACGUCCAGGCUUUAGAGAGGUUCCAGAGAAUGGCAGGGAUACCUGUCACAGGUGUGCUGGAUAACGCCACCAAGACGAUGAUCAGUCUACCUCGCUGUGGCAACAAGGAUAACAUAACCCUCGGCUCAGCCAGAAAGAGGAGAUACGCUUUACAAGGCAGCAAGUGGGCAAAGAAAAGUUUGACUUUUAAAAUUUCCGAAUACCCACGUGGUAUACCGCGCGAAAAGGCGGAACAGGAAGUGCACGACGCUCUAAAGGUGUGGAGUGACGUCACGCCCUUGAACUUUAUUUUACGGCCCUUUGACGAGAAGGUUGAUAUCGAUAUCAAGUUUGCUCGUCGUCACCAUGGUGACGGGAACCCGUUUGACGGAAGGGGUCAAACGUUGGCCCACGCCUACUUCCCCCAAUACGGCGGCGACGCCCACUUUGACGACGAUGAAGACUGGACAAUUAACCUUUCGUCUGGUAUCAACAUGUUUCAAGUGGCCGCCCAUGAGUUUGGCCACUCCCUGGGUCUCUCCCACAGUGACGUCAGCACUUCCUUGAUGGCCCCCUUCUACAGAGGCUACCAGAGACACUUCCGGCUAGACCAGGACGACAUCAAUGCCAUACAGGAACUAUACGGGUCUCGUCGAUCUCGAGGCCAUGAGGUGGUCAAGCAGGUCAAACAGACACCCCCGUCCAGAUCUUCUGUGUUGGGGGUCCCAAAAAUCUGCACUCAGCCGAGAAUAGAUGCAGCAACUAUGACCUCUGAUGGACACACCUACAUUUUUAAAGAUAAACAAUACUAUCUCCUGAACAACCAUGGAAUAGCAGAAGGCUAUCCCAAGGAGAUAUCCCAUGACUGGAAGGGUUUAGAAGGUCCAGUAGACAGCGCUUUACAUUGGGACAAUGGAUUCACUUAUUUUUUUAAGGGAGACCAUUAUUGGAAAUUUUACAACUUUGACCUCAUCUAUGUCCGGAGUAUAGAUGAAGGCUUCAAGGGACUUCCAGGAAAUAUUGACGCAGCUUUUGUGUGGGGAGGGAAUGGAAAAACUUAUUUUAUUAAAGGGGACAAGUACUGGAGAUACACCUUGAAUCAUGUGGAUCCUGGCUACCCUAAGUCUAUGUCAGUUUGGACUGGUCUGCCUCCUCACAUUGAUGCUGCUCUCAAGUGGAAGAAUGGAAGAACCUAUUUCUUCAGUGGGGACUUGUAUUACAGAUACAAUGAUGUUGAUUUUGAUAUUGACACGUCGUACCCCAGAAACAUCGCCAGUUGGUGGUUGGGAUGUCCAGAGAAGGAGAAACUGAACCACAUCAAGCACAACAGCACCAACCACCAGCAGCACACGGGACUCACACAGCCUGACACAGAGGUCACGAGUUCAGGUCACAGCGAAGCUGACACAACAGACGAGGAGUUUCUAACAGUCGCAGGGAACAGCGAGAACAGUUUUAGCUCGUUUAACGGAACGAGCUCAGCAGUGACGAGUAACUUGUGCUUAGUCUUGGUGUCAACUCUGGUUUUUAGAAUCAUCUACAGUACAAAAAUAGGGGAGAUAAUCAGUUGAUACCUGCUGCUGUUUUGUUAUCUCAUGCACUCUAGUGAUAUCAUCUAGACUUGUUUAGCAAGUGCUGAAACAGAGAAGACUUUUUAAAAAAACAAAUUUAACUUAAUUAAACUGAGAUGGAAAAAUUUGAUAUAUUUUAUAAAGGCUGCGGAUUGAACUUUUCUCUGAAAAUCUUUGCUCAUUCUUUCAAAUAUUAACUUAUAAAAUCUAUCGAUUUUGUCCGUACAUUUUUAACAGUUUAUACUCUGUUUCAAAUGAGUGUAGCUCUACAGGGUUAAAUUAUGUUUUUGAUUAGAAACAUGCCAUAUGAGCAUUACUAGCUUUCAACAAAAUGUUUAUUGUCAGGUUUAAAUAACUAAGGUGUAUGAUUUAGCUCUAGAAUCAAAGCUAAACUUUUGAGGUUCCAAAAUUGUUUUUUUUUAAUGUUAUUAGAUCUGUUACAACUAAUUUGUUUUUGUGAAUAAAAUUAAGUGAUUGUAAAAUGUUAUAGGCCAAUUAUCUCUGUGAAUGAACUUUUUUAAGCAAUUUACAAGCAUAAUGUCUGGACACCGUGAUUGCGUGAGAAUGGUUUUCAUAUGACUGACAUAUUUUUAUUACGUCAUGUAGCUUUCAUGAAUGAGGGUGCGUCAUUUUUUUCAAGAAUGGUUUUUUACUUUCUAAAGAUGCGUAGAUAUAAAAAUUAUUACUUAGAAUU